AUGUCGGCCGACAUUCACAAGCACAACAGCAGACUGCAGGCCACUUCGAUCACCAUUCCCUCCGAUUUUGUCUUCGGAAAAGUUAGGUCUCUUCAAGAGUACAAUUCCACCAUGUGCUCAAUAUGUCGUGAUGCCAGAGUUGUAGCUGACAGGGUCCCAGAUUACCCUGUAGGUGAAGGCCUGCCUCCCAAUGUUACAUGUGGAGAGUGGGAGUACAUAGCCCAAACAAGCAUGACAGCAGAAGCGUGUGAGUCUGAGGGCAUUCGCUCCUUCUAUUGGCAGUGCUGUGAUGGCGGUGUGCCAUUCUACAAGUGCGAGUCCAACAUUCGAAAGAAACUAUUGGAGGACUAUGAUCCUGCUGUUCCACCAAUUUUGAGCGCUCAAACUCCUCUAAACGUCUCAGUCACUGUGGAAGUGUUUGCAGUGGAAAAGAUUGAUGUUCAAGGUGGAACUGCUAAGAUUUUGUGCAGUGUUUAUCUGGAAUGGAAAGAUGAACGCCUCAAAUGGGAACAAGAAGACGAAACUUGUGCUGGAUAUGUGUCCAUGUAUGCUGGGGCAGACCGAGAAAAGACAGAGGUUUGGGUGCCUGAUAUUGACCUACUCAACCAAGUGGAGGGAAUGCAGACAUUACCGGACACAGCAGCAUUGGUCUUUAGUGAUGGGACGGUGCAUUGGAGUCGCAAUGGUGGAAUUACUGCCUUUUGCCAGUUUGCAGGCCUGAGCCAGAUUCCCUUUGAUGUUCUAGGCUGUCAGUUCAUUGUUGGGCCCUAUGUUCGUCGAGAUCCAAGCCUCAUCAGCUACCAACUCUUCAAUGGGACAGGCCUCCUACAGGGGAAGUUUGAGCCAACAUUCAAUGAAUAUUUGCCCGUGCCAGAACUCUCUGAGAGUGGCACAGCCUUUGAUGGGGUUGUGCUAUACUUCAACCUUUUCUACCGCAGAUCUCAAAAGUAUUAUGUCAACAAUCUUCUCAUCCCCACUAUUAUUCUUACAUAUGUCAGCAUGGGGACAUUCUUGCUGGACCUUCGAGUGGGCGAACGACUCAGCUAUGGCAUGGCUUUGACAUUGGUGGUGGUUGCCCAGCAAAUUGCUACUGGAGGCUCCAUUCCCAUUAGCAAUGAACGGCUGUGGAUAGACAAAUUCAUUGGUUGGAGCUUCUAUUGGGUGAUUGUUGGAUUGGUGGAAUCUGUCAUAAUUGGUUACAUCUACUUUUUGCGCGAGGAUAAGGCUGCUCAGUUGUCACCUGAAGGAGGGAACCGCAUCUAUGAUGGAAUGAGAGAAUCUGUCUUUGCAGCUCAGCCUCCAGCACAUAAUCACCAGGAGGAAGACAACAAAAACAGAGUUCGCCAAAACAUGGAUUUCUCCUCCUCCACCAACUGGUCUAGCCCACAUUUGAGGGAAGGGGAAGUUGAUUGCGACAACUAUGCGAGUCACUUGGAGGAGCGCAAGACUCGGCCAACAAUUGCCAGCAAAACAAUUCCUCAGCAGGAACAAUCCACAGGUGAAAUUGAUGGCCAGAGACGAUUCACUACCUUCAAGCAGCAGCUUGGAAAGAACCAGUCACAAAGGAGUCUUGGUGAGACAACAAGUGGUCAAUGGUAUCCCAAAGAAGAAAAGCGAGAAUAUGGAAUGUGGAAAUUUGUUUACACAGUGUCCCUUCGGAAGAUUGAUCGGUUCUUUUUCUUUUUUACACUUGUGACAUACACACUCUUUGUUAUUGCCAUGUUUGUUUCCCGGCCAUACUGGGGUCAGAACCUGAAAAAUGUCUGGCUUCACCAGGGUGACACUAGCUGGGAUUCUGAAGUUGAGAUUCGUGGUACCGGGCAAUGA